AUGGCUGCGUCAUCAUUAACACUUGGUUUUCUCCUCCAUCUGGUUCUUCUUUCCCUUCUAUUCGCAGCCAAGGCUCAAGAAGUGACCCAAUUUUCCUAUGAAGGAUUCGUUAACGAUGGGAGUCUAGUCCUCCAGGAAGUCGCGGGAAUUACGAAUGACCGUAUGCUUAUGCUCACCAACACAUCCAACGAUGUUGUAGGCCGUGCUUUCCAUUCCAAAACAAUUCGAAUGCUUAACGAUUCAGACGACCGACAAAAAGCUUCUUCCUUUAGCACAUACUUUGUUUUCUCCAUCGUCUCCUCAACCUCUGGUCCUGGUGGCUUUGGCCUUGCUUUCGUCCUAGCACCAGAUAUCGACAUGUUUGUGGGCGCUCAAGCAGGGCACCAUCUUGGUAUUUAUAGCGCUUCCAAUGCUGUGAAGGAGACUCACAUAUUCGCAGUGGAAUUCGAUACGGUGAAUGGCUCCGACAAAGGUGAGUCAGACACAGAAGGGAACGAUGUUGGGAUCAAUGUCAAUGGUACAGAGUCAGGUGUCUCUAAACCAGCUGCUUAUUACAUUGGGAUGGAUUCUAAACCGGUUAAUUUCAGCAUGGAGAAAGAUGAAGCUGUACAAGCUUGGAUAGAUUAUGAUGGUGAUAACAAGACAGUGAAUGUGACCGUGGCUCCCGUAGGAGUGACUAAACCUUCCAGACCCCUUAUAUCAAAUCGUUCCAUUAACCUUACCACUGUUCUAAACGGCGAAUACAUGUACGCCGGUUUCUCAGCAUCAACAGGGGAGGCAAGUAAAGCAAGUUCUCAUUACAUUUUGGGGUGGAGCUUUGCAGUCAAUGCACCUGCUCCUCCGCUUGACAUUACAAAACUUCCACGUCCACCACCAAAAGUGAAAGACACUUCCUCUUUUUCUUGGGUCAAUUUUGCCAUAGGAGUUUUGUCUGCUUUAACCUUGAUAUUGUUGCUUUCUUUGUGUUCUGUAACAUUGUACAAGAGGUACACUAAUUUUGAAGCUCUUGAGGAUUGGGAACUAGAUUGUCCUCACAGAUUCAGAUACAGAGAUCUUCACACCGCAACGAAAGGUUUCAAGGAGAGUGAGCUAAUUGGAGUUGGAGGCUUUGGUGCUGUCUACAAAGGUGUCUUACCUUCCACAGGAACUGAGGUUGCUGUGAAGAGGAUUGUUCGGAGCCCAAUCCAAGGAAUGAGGGAAUUCGCAGCUGAGAUUGAAAGCUUAGGGAGGUUAAGGCACAAGAAUUUAGUCAAUCUUCAAGGAUGGUGCAAGCGAAAGAAUGAUCUUCUUCUAAUCUAUGACUACAUCCGUAACGGAAGCCUUGACUCACUUCUGUUCAAGCAAAGCCUUGUACUGAGCUGGGAGCAAAGGUUCAAUAUCAUCAAAGGCAUAGCGAAUGGGCUGUUAUAUCUCCACGAAGAGUGGGAGCAAGUGGUGGUCCAUAGAGACAUCAAAACUAGCAAUAUCCUCAUAGACGGAGAUUUAAAUGCUCGUUUGGGUGAUUUUGGCCUCGCUAGGCUCUAUGAUCAUGGUGAAGCAUCGCACACAACCAAUGUGGUUGGGACAAUUGGGUACAUAGCUCCAGAAUUGACUCGCACAGGAAAGGCAUCCACAAGCUCUGAUGUGUAUGCUUAUGGUGUCUUGCUUCUUGAAGUUGUUAGCGGUAGGAGACCUAUUGGGUCAGAACAAUUCUUUUUGGUGGACUGGGUUGUGGAGAAUUACAAUAUGGGUCAGAUUCUUGAAGUGGUUGAUCCUAAGUUGGGGUCAAAUCAUGUUGAGGAAGAGGUGGAAUUGGUUCUGAAGCUGGGUCUUCUCUGUGCUCAACAUAAUGCAGAGUCAAGGCCCACCAUGAGACAAGUGAUGAGGUACCUGAACUUUGAUGACCCUCUGCCAGAUAUUGGGGAUUGGAGGAGACAAACAGAUUCAGAUAGUGGAAGAAUGAGCCUGGGUUUCUUAGAAAUUGUAUCUUCAAGUGCCAUCUCAACCGUAAAUAACUCAACCUCUAAUAGUAGCAUAAAUAGUAGGCCUAUCCAAACCUGUAGAUAGCAUGCAUGUAAUCUUAAUACAUUCUUUUACCUUCUUUCUUUCAAUUAGAAUCUGUUAGAUCCUUUCUAACUUUCUGAUGUCAAUCACGACGUACAUGAAUUCAGUUAUGAAUGAUGAGAAGAACAUUCAAUUCACUA